CUGUGGAAGUUCUAUUGGAGGGAUUCUCUCGCAGUAACAAGCCGCCAAAGUCGCCAGACUCCGUGCAUGGAGCUUCUGCACCCCAAGGCAUCAUUCCCUCCACUUUCCACGAGCCCUCUUGCACAAUGAAGUGCAGUUAUGGCAAGAAGUAGCAAGUCACCAGCGAGGACCCUGGAGGAUUUGACGCUAGACUCGGGUUAUGGUGGAGCCGCCGACUCCUUCAGGUCUUCCAGUGCGUCGCUGUGCUGCUCGGAGGCACAUGGGGGGAAUCACUGGCGCUUAACUGACUCCAUGCACAGUCGACACAACAGCCUGGACACUGUCAACACGGUCCUGGUCGAAGACGCCGAGAUCCUGGAGUGCAGCGGGCAGUGCGCGAAACUACCCGAGCUUGAGGAUGUGCCAUGGAGUCUCGGGGAAGUGGCGAGCGCGCUGUGCAAGGACGAGGAGAUGAGUCUCCCGACCCCAGCGCAGGACGUCCUGCACCGGCUCUCGGUCUUAGUGAGCCGCGUACUGGUGAGAGUCGCCAAGGAGGCGCAACGCUUGAGUUUGCGCUACGCCAAAUGCACCAAAUACGAGAUCCAAAGUGCCAUAAAGAUCGUGCUGUCGUGGAGCGUGUCGGUGCACUGCAUCGGCGCGGCCCUCGGUGCCUUGUCCCUGUACAACAUGAGCACGGAGGAGGACAAGUUCAGCCGAGGCAAGUCUACGCGCUGCGGACUCGUCUUCAACGUGGGGAAAUUCUUCCGGUGGAUGGUGGACAGCAGGGUCGCGGUGAGAAUCCACGAGCACGCGUCCAUCUACCUGGCCGCGGCGAUGGAAAGCCUGUUCCGAGAGCUGUACCAGCGGGGGCUGCGCAGCGCGCUGCUGGACAGAGACAACGGCAUCCCCAAGUUCACCGUGGAGACCCUGGAGCAGGCCGUCAACAGUGAUGGAGAGCUGUGGGGGUCUCUGCAGCCCUGGCAACACCUCAUCUGUGGGAAGAAUGCGAGCGGUGUUCUCUGCCUACCUGAAGGUCUGACACUUCACAGGGAACAGCAGCGAGCGUCGAAGAGUGGAGAGGGAAACGCCUACAGUCAGUCUGAGCUGCGUUCUGUUGAACAGUGCUUACUCGCCACACGAGUGGGCAGCAUCUCUGAACUCAGUGACCUGGUGUCCCGGGCAAUGCUCCACCUACAGCCGCUCUACAUGAAGAACCAAAACAAUGGGACGCCGAUCCACCAGAAGAGCAGUGUGAUCCACUGGGCGCCGGAGGCCAUCUAUACUCUCUGUUACUUCAUGCACUGCCCCCAGAUGGAGUGGGAGAACCCCAAUGUGGAGCCCUCCAAAGUCACGUUGCAAGUAGAGAGGCCGUUCAUGGUGUUGCCGCCUCUGAUGGAGUGGGUCCGUGUAGCCGUCGUCCACACGGAGCACAGGCGAUCCUUCUCCGUGGACAGCGAUGAUGUUCGGCAGGCUGCCAGACUCUUGCUGCCUGGAGUGGACUGUGAGCCGCGCCAAGUGAGGACGGACGACUGCUUCUGCGCUUCAAGGAAACUGGACGCCGCUUCCACUGAGGCAAAGUUCCUCCAGGACCUGGGUUUCCGAAUGCUCAACUGCGGACGCACCGACCUGGUGAAACAGGCUGUCAACCUGCUCGGACCAGACGGCAUCAACAGCAUGAGCGAGCAGGGGAUGACGCCGCUGAUGUACGCGUGUGUGCGCGGGGACGAGGCCAUGGUCCAGAUGCUGCUGGACGCCGGCGCCGAUAUCAACAGCGAGGUGCCAAACACAGUGCACAAGCACCCCUCAGUCUUUCCCGAAACGCGCCAGGCAACACCCCUCACUUUCGCUGUGUUGCACGGACAUGUCCCUGUGGUGCAGCUGCUGCUGGAUGCCAAAGCGAACGUGGAGGGCUCCCUGCAGGACGGGAUGGAGAAUUACACCGAGACGCCGCUGCAGCUGGCAUCUGCCGCCGGUAAUUUCGAGCUGGUGUGUCUGCUGCUGGAGCGGGGGGCAGACCCCAUGGUGGGAACCAUGUACCGCAAUGGCAUCUCCACGGCGCCACAGGGCGACAUGAACUCCUAUAGCCUGGCAGCAGCUCAUGGACACAGAAAUGUCUUUCGUAAGCUGCUGUCACAUACGGAAAAGGGGAAAGGGGACGUUUUGUCCCUGGAAGAGAUUCUGGCAGAAGGUUCCGGGCUGGAAGGAAGAAGCUCCUCAGAGAUGGACCUGAUCCGGACCGGGAAGGCCAAACUCAAAGCCCUGAGAGAAGCUAUGUACCACAGCUCUGAACACGGACACGUGGACAUCACCAUAGACAUCCGUAGCCUCGGGAUCCCCUGGACGUUGCACACUUGGCUCGAAUCUCUACGCACAUGUUUCCUUCAACACCGGCGGCCUUUGAUCCAAGGUCUUCUGAAAGAAUUCAGCUGCAUUGAGGAGGAGGAGUACACUGCAGAGCUGGUCACACACGGUUUGCCGCUCAUGUUCCAGAUCCUCCGAGCCAGCAAGAAUGAAGUGAUCAGCCAGCAGCUGUCUGCCAUCUUCACUCAGUGUUACGGGCCGUACCCCAUUCCCAAACUGGCCGAGAUCAAGAGGAAGCAGUCGUCCCGCCUGGAUCCUCACUUCCUGAACAACAAGGAAAUGUCAGAUGUCACCUUUCUGGUGGAGGGGAAACCGUUCUACGCUCAUAAGGUUCUGCUGUUCACAGCCUCCACCAGGUUCAAAACUCUGCUUGCAAACAGGCCGUGCGGUGAGAACACCUGCAUCGAGAUCAGCAAUGUCAAAUAUCACAUUUUCCAGCUGGUGAUGCAGUAUCUCUACUGCGGAGGAACAGAAGCUCUGCACAUCCGCAACCAGGAUGUCAUGGAGCUUCUAUCUGCGUCCAAGUUUUUCCAGCUGGAGGCGCUGCAGAGGCACUGUGAGAUCAUCUGCUCCAAGAACAUCAACACAGAAACCUGCGUGGAGAUCUACAAUCACACCAAGUUCCUUGAAGCUCCAGACUUGGCGGCCUACAUCGAGGGCUACUUCCUGAAGAACAUGGUCCUCCUGAUCGAGCUGGAGCCCUUCAAACAGCUGCUGUACGACUCGCCGCCUGACAGCCCCAGCAGUGACAUCCUGCAGGAAUUGGAGAAGACCCUGGCCGUCCGGAUCCAGUCCAUCCACCUGUCCUCCUCCAAAGGCUCCAUCGUCUGAACCUGCUUCUCUUUCCAACGACAAUCUGUGAGGUCGCCUCUUUGUUUCUGCCUGGUUGACUUCCGUCCGCUUCGCUGAUUUCUGAUACGUUUUGCCAACAGCAGACUCCAGCGGCUCCCCCUUCAAAAUUAAAGCUCCCUGGACAUUUAAAAGUAGGUCACUUCUUUAAACUCUGGAGCGCCACGACGUGUACAAAGAGACGGAUCGUAGGAGUCAGACGUGACGACUGAAUCGGAUUGUGGGACUUUUUUUCCUCCACGGUUGUGUAAAUAUUGUUGAUAAACAGAUCUAUUGAUAAUGUAAGUUAAUAUGUAUAUAUAUAUAUCCUCCGAUGUUUUCUCCGAUGUGUCUUACUGUUGGAUGUAGGUGUGACGAAACGCUCAUCUUAUAAAUAUCUAUGUUUAAAUGUUGCAUGUUCGGACGACUGGGUUUCAUGAUGGAGAGGACUACGACGGUCACUUUUUGUCAUCCGCAUGGGUCACUCACUGUGUAGCACCGCCACCAUGUGCUUCAGUCUGCAGCUUUGUUUAGUCGCCAAUUGGAAAUGGAAAAAAAAUGCUCUGGAUGUGUGUGUGUGUGUGACCCUUUCUCUUUAAAGAUUAAUAUAAAGAAUAUUAUAAAUCCUGCUGCUGUUGUUUGUGCCUUGACUUCACC